CAAUUUGGAUCAAAUCAUGUGCGUUAGGUAGGUUACAUCAUCUCCUAACAACAAAACAGCUCAAAAACCCAUAUAUACUCUAUCACCAUCUCUUCUAUAUACUAACAAUUCAAAUAUCUGGCCUCAAUUUGGUCAAAAUGGCAUCUGCGGCAACAGUGGGCAGCACCGGUUUAACUGGCUCCCUCGUGCUUGAGACGCUUCUCUCUCAUCCAGCCUUUUCGUCUGUAUCGACCAUUUCUCGCAAAGCCCCAUCCACCUCAGCAUCCUCUUCCAAACUUCACCCUGUCGUGCCAUCGUCUACCGACGACUGGCCUUCGGCUCUGGAAUCCAUCCAACCCACACCAGACAUUUUCUUCUCGACUCUGGGCACGACACGCGGUAGCGCUGGCAGUGUUGCCGGCCAGCGCAAGAUCGACUAUGACCUGAACCUUGCGAUGGCCAAGGCAGCCAAAGACGCCGGAAUUAAGACAUAUGUGCUCAUGUCUUCCGCCAGCGCAAGUGCGACGUCGCGGUUCGAGUAUAUGCGUAUGAAAGGCGAAUUAGAAGAUGCCGUGACAGCGCUGGGGUUUGAGCAUACGGUUAUUCUGCGACCAGGCUUGAUUGUAGGAAAACGCAACGAAAGUAGACCCCCAGAGGCGAUUAUGCGCGGGGUCGCGAACUGCUUGGGGGCGCUGAAUACGACUUGGCUGAAAGACGGAUGGGCACAGGAUGCCAAUGUUAUUGCUCAAGCUGCGGUGGCGGCUGGUCUGUCGUGCAAGGAGGGGCGAAUUCCCGAGGGCAAGGAGAAGGUGUGGGUAUUGAAGCAGGCUGAUAUCGUGCGAUUGGGAAGGACCGAGUGGGAUGUCAAAACGCCUGCAGCAGAGUAAGUUAAAGAGGGUCGGGAGAAGCAGUUGAACUUUGGGAGGUUACAUUCUGUCCAUAUUUAGGCUGUGCUUUCGAUGUUGUGUGCAUGUAUUGAUACCUGGGUUAAUUUUAUGAGAGGAGUUC